GUCGCGUGCGUAGUUGAUUCUUGGCGCGCAGGCUGUUUGUGCGGCGGGGGCAGGUCGGUGUCUGUGGGCCGCAGCGGCACAACUCUGCUUCAGUCUAAGUGGAACCUCUACACCGACCAGCAGCGCGGAAUCGGCUCUCUUCAACAGCACAAGAUGCGGCGGGGCAGCUCGAUGGAGGUGCUGCUGGCCGUGUGCGGCGUGUCCGUGGUGUCGGUGCUGGUGACCUACCAGUGGGUGGCCAGCCCGUUGAGCGCGCCGGCCCACCCCCAGGCACCGUCGGCCGUCUUCAUCCCGUCCCACCUGCACCACAUCCUGCACUCGCUGGAGAGCCAACAGUUGGGGGUGGAGUCCAAGCGGAUGGUGGCCAAGAUGCAGGGCUCGUACCAGAGCCGGGCCGAGCUCUACGCCAGUCUCUUCGACAUCAAUUACCACGUUAACACCACUUCGCAAGAGUGGAGUCUGCUGUUGUGCGGUCCGCAUCUGUGCUCAUUCGGCCGGCUGUCCGACGGCCAGAAAGUAAGCCAAAUCCCUGGAAUGUCGUCCUUGCUCUCGUCUAAAGCGGCUCUGUGCCGCCUCCAGCGGCAGCUUGCGGAGGCGGCGCUCGGCGCCCUCCUCUGCUUUUCCCUCCCUGAGGACUUCGAGGAUCUUCUCAACGUGGCCGACAGCACCGACAACCAAUCGAUCUGGACGAUUGAACCCAGUGGACCUGCGCGGCCCGUCCAAACGGUCAACACUUAUCAACUCUUUGAAGCCGCCAGACUUAAAAAAUUUCCCGAGAGAGGAAUCGUGAAGACUGUGAGCAAACGAUAUUUGCUGAUGAACGGACAAUACGCGAUUCACGCUCACUUUGCUGUGUUAGUCACGUCGAUGGCGCCGCUGCGGGCCUACCUGGACGAGCGCGACGCCAGGAUCGAGCUGCUCUCCUCCACCACGCAGCACCAGAACUCCUGGAAUGUACAACGACUCUGGUCGUACUUGGGCCCAGAGAAGAGCGUCAGAGUGCGUAAUAGAAUCCGCAAUUUCGUCCUAUUUUUCCUCUUGAAAGCAGAAAUAGCGCUUUCAAGGUAUUUGCCGAGCUCAAACAGACAAAAUUUCUUUCAAUUAAUAUCAAUCCAAAUAUCACUGGACGAAGAGCUCAGUCCGAUAAUCGAAAGCGUCGAACCUGAUCCCAGGGUGGAGCGAAGGACCCUGAGCAAACUUUUCCGCUUGGUCACAAGCGCCGAUUCCGUUCACGAUGAGCUCACGCGAGCUCUGCUCUACUCUGGGGCUGGUUGCGACUCGCAGAAAUGUCCGCCGAGCAAGGAAGACUUUCUUUACCUGCUGUCCACUCGGCGGGAGACGCUGCACGCGGUUGAUCUUGUGCGGCUCUACCCCCAACCACUUCCCCUUCCCCAAAAAUGGGUGGACAAACUUGUGAAUGAGACUGGAAAACAUGUGACUAUUGCAGGCGAAAGCCUUUACUCAACUGUAGAGAAAUAUUUUGCUAGUAAAACUGAUCUAACUGACAACAAUAAUUUACCUCAAUAUAAAAACUCGAAUUUAGAAAGUUUACACGUUUUGCCGGGGAGGUACCUGGAACCUUCGAAGGACGAAAGCCUUGACAUGAACCUAGACUGCUCCUCAAACUCAGAAAACACCAUGUACCUGAGGUAUCUAAGUGUUGACCGCGGGAUGCUGCAGCCUUUGUUUGACCCCGAGGUCAGGCAGUAUGAAAUCAAGGUGGCCUACAAUACUACUUUGGUGCAAGUACGUGCGGCGCCGGUGGACUGCAACGUUUUGGUUUUCUUUGAUGACCAAAAUCAGCCCACAAAAUUAUAUAAAAGCAGCGUUGGACUGGGAGAAAACAAGUUGGUGAUACGAUUGCUAAGUUCGAAGCAACAACAACUUAAUACUUACUGGGUUACAAUAAUUCGUCACCCUGAAAAACCUGAUUCUCCUUUCAACCCUGACAAUGAACACCAAGUGUGCAGUCUCAAACAGGACUGCAAAUUCAAAUUCUCCCCUUCUGAGCAGUGCGGCCUCCACGUAGAGACAGGAAGAUUGAAUUGGCCGCUGACCGUCGAUCGCUUCUCCAAGCUCGCCAUCUGCUCAUCAGGCGACUCUGCAGGUCGCUGGGUGUUGCCCUGCAGGGAUUGUCGCAACCGGACCUCCUGUUGGUGGGAGCAGGCCAGGUGGCAACCCUUCGAGUGUCAGCAUCCAAAGGUCCAGCUGCCCCAAAAGUGUCUGGAGAACAAAAAGGUUUUGUUCAUGGGCGACUCAACUGUGCGGGGGAUGAUGCACCACGUGCUGGAGCGGCUUAACGGAUCUCUCGGCGUGAAGGACAAAAGCCACGGACUGUCACACUUUAAGGUGGCCAACACCGCACUCGCCUUUGCUUAUUACCCGCAGUUCUGGCUGCGACCGCCGCACCGACCCAUCUUUGCCAAGACUUUGUACCAACUUCUCUUGAGCUCUCAACCGCUGUCUAACUCAAGCGACACGAUCUUGGUGGUCGGAGGAGUGCACUGGCUCGCCACAAAUCACCUUCACACGUUGAUCAAAAUCCUGAAGAGGGAAGGCCUGGAAGGGGCGAAGAUCGUGGUAAAGACACUGGGCUCCGGGUUUCACAUCCCAGCGGACGGUGUCCACCUGCUCUCCACGAGGCAGCAAGAAAAGUUGGUCCUCCACUCGCAGGGAUUGGCAGCUUUCGGCAAACAUUUCAACAUGGAGGUAGUGGAAACCUUCAACAUUACAGCCGCCAGGUUCAGGGACUUCCUGCCAGGGAAGUGCGCCUGCCACUUCCACAACGUGAAUGCAAGUGGACGAGAAGGCGUGUUCCACGUCGAGGGCGCUGUCAAUGCAAUCUACUCGGAGAUCCUACUGGCCAGAAUGUGCUCCUGAUCAUGCACGUGAGACGAUAUUGUAUACUGUGUGUGUGCUCUGCUUGCACAGAGAUCAAACCUCGUGCUGCAGCAUCCUGCCAGCGGUGAGAGUGGUGUAAUGCGAGAGUAAGAACGUACAAAAACGAGAGAGCGUGUACUUUAUAUAUUGAAAGGAAGGUGUAGAGCUACUUAGCACUUGAUACGCUCAUAGCACACGACUUAUUAUGCAAAUUAACUCUCUGCAUGAUGACUCAAUUGAAAAUAAUACAUAUAUACACUGCUCCUUGCCAGUCAAAUGACAAGACGUCAAUCUUUGCUCGCAUUGAUCAGCACAAUUGUAUGGGGGAUUGUUGCAAUUAUCAAGACAAAAUGAUAAUUAAGAAAUAGUGGCCUGGUUUUUGCCUGUAUAGCGUAUAUUUCAUGCCACGUAAAACUUUGGCCAUUUAAAAAAUAUUUUUUCGCCAAUAUUUUUUACCAGAACGUCAUAUUUGAGGAUCAAAAAUUCAUAACAGUAUUGACGUUUAGCCCUCUCCCAGAAUUAAAUAUUAAAACUAAUACAAAAUAAAUUACAUUUUACAAAUUUAACAAUUCUUGAAAAUUGCAGUAUUCAUUCAUGUCUUUUUAUUGCAACGUCUUUUACGAAAAGGUUCAUUGAGCGUAGAAAAUUUUCAGCUUAAUUGCAUCUUUAUGUUGAUUGAAUUUUACUUUAAAAUUAAUUGCUCCUUUUUAUUCAAAAGAAAACUCUAGGGAUGCGACGUUUUAUUUUUAGGUAAACCAAUUGUAUUCUUGUAAGCUUUCAUGAUGUGAAUUAGGUGGAAAGUUUUCGAUCUGAAAAUGUUAGCAAUUGAGAAAAAUUUGGAAAAAAAAACGAAAAAAUAAUAAUUGAUUUAAAUUUCGUUUCAAGACAUUUUCUGAUGAAACAAAUCGAUUGAUGGAUUAUUUAUAUUCCAUAAGAAACAGUAAUUCUUAAGUGUUUGUCCAUUCUUAAACUUUUUUAUCGAUAACGGUUGAGUAAAAAAACAAAAAUAUUCUGAAAGCUGACGAAAUUUCUCGUUUUUUUAUGAUGAUUUUAUUGUAUGUUUUAAUUUUAAAACAACAGUAUAAUUAAGUAUCUGAAAUUUAAGUCAAAUAUUAAAGAAUUUAAUUCAAAAUUACCAAAAUGUUUGAAAGCUUGAAAACAUUAUCUCAAAUCAUUAAUGAGUCAAAUGUAAUCAUUCGAGAGAAAAGUUGAAAAGCAGGGAGCUCGCCAAAAAGGUCACAUCCUUAGAGUUUCCUUGUCAUUGUAGAGCCGGCAGUGUUAGUUCAGGUAGAAAUGCUUUGAUAGACUAAAUUUAAUCUAGCAAAAUAUUUGACCACUUGUAAGCAAAACUGCUUUAGACCAACACGGUGAUACGAUUUGACUUACGAAAUACAUGUGUAUAUAUAAUACUGUUAUCAAACGAGACAAUAAAUUACAAUAUAUCUGAAUUUGUGGCCAAAUUCAGAAAAGAGUUAAAAUUCUCAAAUUUUAGCUAAUGGCUGUGCGAUUGAGUUAGAAUACAAAUAUAAAAUUGUUUAGUUUCUCUGCAUCGCCGAAUAAACUGCGCGUUGAACUGCAAGACACGUCCCUUUCUCCAGUCAAGAAAAUGAUCAGUGGAUUUUGAUCACGACACUCGUGGUGCAUUUUGUUAGUUCCGAACUUUCUGCUUGACUACAGAAGUCAGUUUUUUCCUCAACCGUGACAGUGUGUUAUACACUAAAAGCGAUAUCUCAAGUCCGUUACUCAAAAAUGAAAUUGUAAUUAUUAAUAAUAAUGCUGAACUGCUGACGUUUGUAGAAAAUAUAAAUGUUAAAAAUGAGUGUGUGCGCCGAGCAGAAAAAGAUUUAGAGGCCGGGCACACGCGAAUACCAAAAGUUAAAGUGCGACAAUAAAUUUCUUGAAUGAACACCAUAUAUACGCAAACAG